CUAUUCGCGAAAAUUGAUAAGAGCAUGAAAGAGUAGAGAGGGAUAUCAGACGGUGGUCUGCUGGUGGUCUGCUCUGAAAGUGAGUUAAAUACCUAUGCUAAAUACAAUGGCGUCCAGCACGAAGGUCUGUUAUCUUUUCGCGUUUGUGUUAUUCGCAAUCGCUGUUUCCUUCGUUCCGUUUGUAAAUUCUACGAACGGUUAUUAUGCAUCUGCCAGAGUCGAGAGCUGCGGAGGCUGCUCGCUGAACCGGCUGUCAGAUGUCAAACAGUUCAUCUUCGAGGAUGUACCACAAUACAACAAUGUGGAAUUUAAACACAUCCAAGGAGCAGUGCCUGAGCUCGUGUUGUUCAACGAACAUGAAGAAGAGGUGGAGAGAUUGUUGUUGGCCAAGUUGACUCGGAAGGAAUGCAACGAAUUGCUAGUUUCCAAAGGUUUUACUAAGAAACUCAACAAGGACGAGAUAUAAGCUACUCAAGUCAAUGUACUUAAGAGACAAUAGUCCGCAAAUUUAUUACUUGAGAAAAACCAUUAACGAAGAUCCAAUUCUCGCCAUACUAAGAGAACUUGAAAUAAUUACGUUAAUUUCUUCAUGUGAUAUUAAAGUAACUACUGUUAGGUGAAUAAUUAGCAACGGCGUAAUUCAGAACAAAAAGCUUUAGAGCUUACAAGCUGUAAAAAAGUUUUUAGUGUGCAAUUUUUUCAUCUGUGAGAAUUGAGCUUCGGUAAAAACCAUUCAGAAUAGCGCAUAUGUCGAUGUAUGAGCAAAAAAAAACAAUUCCAGAUUUGGUAGUCAAACGAGGUAAAAUAUUGCAUACUCUUUAAUAUACAAAUAUAUUUUACAAUUACUAAAUAGUGCAAUUUAAACCGGAAUGAAGCGGCGCAAUAUAUUUCACACCAAUUAGAGAUUUAUAUAUAUACAUAUAUAUAAUAUAUAUACUAUAUAUAUAUAUGUAAUAUGUAUAAUUUUUUAAUACAUA